GGAAAAAAAUGGACGGAUUGUUCAUCAUAGGGCAUCAGAAUAUCAUCCUCUAUCAGGAUUACAAUGAUUCUCUCAAAGAAAAAUUUGUAGAGCUGGGAAAAGCGAAUGGAUUGCUUGAGGAGAAUUUUGAGGAAUGUGACUUGGACAGUGAUAUCGUAAUGCAAGUUCUGAAUCCCAUCGUCACGUCCCAGAGGGUCAUGUGCAGUCAGUUUGACAACAAAUAUACUAGAUUGCAGACCAUGGGGAGUCUCUGUGUCAUCUAUGAUGAAUUCUUUGGUUUUCUCUACCUCAAAAUGGGCUUUGGGGAGCCUGAGCAGGAACAGAAAAUCCUGUCAGCUUGUCGGGAGUUUAGUAAGUUGAUUUGUGGACCGGAUAUUCAGUUGCUGAGGAUGGACUUUGAGAAAUCAACCCUGCUGAGGAAUUUAAUGAGGGUGUGGAUGAAGAUGGAUGAGGAGGAUCAGGCUACGCAUUUGGAGAAAGUUGAGUAUUUUCUAAUUUCGCGCGAGAUUAGGAGUCAGAUAGUGACAAAUGUGCAGGAGAGUUUGAAGAAUCUCAAGGAAGAACAACUCUUUUCGCGGCAUCAUGCCCUUCUGUUUAGCCAUGGGAAACUCCUGUCGGUUUAUUCUAGUCGUUCUGUUAGGGAUCUGUCAUCACGGGAUUUGCUGCAAAUCAGAAUUCUGAGUACACAGAUAAAUUCAUCAAAUUGCUAUUUGAUUUAUUUGACUGGAGCACAGAAUUCCUGUCUUCCGCACAUUGUCUUUGGCUAUAGGAUCACGGAGAGUUUGAUCUUCCUCCUGGCCAUUGAGUAUGACAAUGCCGAGGUGGCUGAUGUAAUUUUUGAUACUCUAACUUUUCUCUGUAAGAUUCACAAUUAUCCUUUGGAUGCUGAUAAUAUUAAAGCGAUGAUUGAGAAGAGUGACAUGGCUAUAAAGCAAAUUCUGGAAGCAUUGAAAGGGAAUCGAAUGGCCAAGGUGGAGUCUGAACGGAUGGGAAAGAGUGUGGAGAUGCGAUGGAGUGGGAUGAAGAAGAAAUUCAAUGAAUUGGCCAAAAAUUCAUCGUACAGAGAAGUGACAAAGUUCUUCGAAGCUUCCCUGCCUGGACUCAUAGAUUGUCUAAAACUCUUGUUCAAGACCCUUUUCUUUGACACUUUCCAUCCUUUAGCUUCCAAUCCUCUUCUCAUGGAAGUAUCUGUUGCCCUUAAAUCCUUCCUCGAGGGCAUCCUCGGGAAUAUCUCGUUGGAACAGCAGAAAACAGCAAUGAAGGCUUAUAUUGAUGAAUAUCCUGGAUUGAUUCAUUUUAUUUUCGUGGACAACAGCGAUGGUAGGAUUAUUUCGCCUGAACGCAAUUGGGAAGAUACCAAAUUGCUGUCCAGGACAAAAUUCUUCACUACCAUUGACCUAAUGUUGAAGUACAGGAAAAAGGGAAGGAGUUCAUUGAUUUGGAAAAGUCCUGCUCUAUCCUUUUCCUUCUUCACCUGGUACGAAGAUGAAUGUGGACAGUAUUUGGAUCCAAAGGAUGUACCAUCAAGUGUUGAAAAUCCAUCAACUUCGGCCAAUUACUACCAGAAAAUCACAGAAACUCUGUUUCCCAAGACACCAAUGGCCAGAAUUAAAUCCUAUGAUCUCUAUCUUGUCCAUUUGGGUCUUGUUAAUUCAAAUUUGUGCUUGGAACACUCACGUCGAAUUGCCGUGACAAUCAAUGAUAUAAUUGGCAUCAAUGGGAACCCUUUGGAUAUCCUCUGAACAAACAGAGACAAGUGCACAUAAGCGAAAAUAAUGCCAAUUAUUUACUAAAUACCACAGUAUUUCAUUGAAUUGAAACUCACAUUCCAUCCCACCAAUAUACCAAGGUACAGCAUAUUGCAUUUAACUGAAUUUGCAUCUUUCAGCACAUUCAAUUUUCCCCCCCAAAAGCACUCCCCAACAUUGAGUGAAAAUUGUGCCAAAAUAAGCAAACCAAAGAUGAGUGCAAAAUUUCAUUUGUGUCUUCUCAAUAAAGUUUUUAUCCAGUCAGACUAAAA